UAAAAUUGUCUCUGUCAAAGAAGCUGCAGGAUUCAAGGGAAACUGACAUGUUUAAAUCACUCCUUUGAUCCAAACUGAAGAAAAUUGAACCUAACAACAAAGAAUAAAAAUGGCAGAAUUUACAGGUUAUAAGGAGACUUCAAAUCGCCAUCUUCGAUUCAAGUUACAGAGUCUUGGCCGUCGUCUUGAUGAACUGGAAGAAGCAACAAAAAAUCUCCAGAAAGCAGAGGAUGAGCUUCUUGACCUUCAGGACAAAGUUAUCCAGGCAGAAGGCAGCAAUUCUAGCAUGCUGGCUGACGUAGAAGCUCUGAGAAAAAGAGUGCUGAAAAUUGAAGGCAAGGAUGAAGAAAUACGAAAAGCUGAAGAGCUCUGUCAGUUGAUGAAGGAAAAACUGGAGGAGGAGGAAAGUCUCACUCGAGAACUUAAAUCAGAAAUUGAACGGCUUCAGAAGAGAAUGGCAGAACUAGAAAAACUGGAGGAAGCUUUCGGCAGGAGCAAAAAUGAUUGUACUCAGCUGUGUCUGAGCCUUAAUGAAGAAAAAAAUUUGACCAAAAAAAUAUCUACAGAGUUGGAAAUACUUAGGAUGAAAGUAAGAGAACUUGAAGCAUCUGAAGACAGAUUGGAUAAAACUGAACAUAGUUUAGUAAGUGAGUUAGAAAAGCUGAAAUCUUUAACACUGAGCUUUGCUAGUGAAAGAAAACGCUUCAAUGAAAGAGAAAAGCAGAAUGAAAAAUUAAUCCAGGAGCUAACACAAAAACUAGAACAAAACAACAAACUAAAUAGGGCAGAUCAAACUAGAAAUGCAUCAAACCUGCUAGAAAGAUCAUCAAAUAGUCUUCUGGAUAGAAAUGACCUGAGAAUUGAAGAUGACUUGACCUCUGCAUUGCCCUCUAAAGAAACCAGAAGAAAGGGAAGCUUGGAUUACCUAAAGCAUGUAGAAAAUGAAACCAGAAAUAAAUCAGAAAAUCAAAAGAACAAAAAUCAAGAAGACAACAAAGUGAAAGAUCUCAACCAAGAAAUUGAGAAACUUAAAAGUCAAAUUAAACAUUUUGAAUCUUUAGAAGAAGAACUUAAAAAAAUGAAAGCCAAAAAUAAUGACCUGCAAGAUAGUUAUCUGAGUGAACAGAAUAAAAACAAGCUCCUAACUGGUCAAUUGGAAGAGAUUAAAAUUCAAAUAAAGAAACAAAAGGAUAUGGAGAACGGUGAGGUGGAAAGUGAAGAAGUGAGCCUCCCCAGCGGAUUUAGACAUGAUAGGCCUAAAUACAGAGGUAUCACAGCUGAGCCAGCAAUUUCAAAACACAAAUCACGGGAGCUUUCACCUCAGCAUAAACGAGAAAGAACACGGAACAGAGAGUUCUCUUCCAAUAAUGACAGUUAUACCACAAGUAGCAAACAAGUUCCCAGUCCAAGUUUAAUUACUAGGAGAACAGCAAAGGCAUCUAGUACAUCUGCUCUACUAGAAACUGUGAUUACUGAUACAAAAAGAAUGGAAGACAAAUCAGCAGUUGCUACAUAUUUAUCUAUGCAGAAAGAUAGUGGUGCUCCACAACAUGAAGUGAAGAAAUCAAGAGAUCAGCCAUCUGUGCUGAGUCGAUACCCACCGGCUGCACAUGAGCACAAAUCUUGGAAAGCAGCUUCCAAACCUGGGAAUGAAAGUGGACUGAAGACCAAGGCUGAAAAGCUAUCUCAAUCAUUUAGUGAUGUUUGCCAAGGUAACUCUGAUGCACUUGAUGAAAAAUCAAGCAAAGGAGAAAUGACUGUAUCUUUGACUGAAAAGAUGAAAACAAGCCAAACAGAGAUGUCUGAUCUAUGUGUAGAGAUACCCUUUAUGAAAAAUAAUCAUGCACCAUCCAAUGAAACAGCUUCAUCAUAUAGAUACCAUAUCUCUUCUCAGACGUUAGCAGCUGAAUCCACCAGCUCUAAAGCAGAAGCAGCAACAGUCUCUGUUUUAUCUCACAGACAGUCCCCAGAAGGGAAAUCUAAAACAACAAUAAACUCCCAAGAAAGAGAAUUUACAGACACUUUUCAUGAAAAUACAAAGCCUCCAACUUUAUUAAAGUAUUCAAACAGCUCAAAAAGUCGAGAAGACAUCUUACAGAUUCUCACAAGUCAAGGUAAGGAAGAAAUGGACCAAUCUGCACCAUCAGUUACAGGUCAGUCAAAUGCUGGCAUAAAAUCUGACUCUUCGAGAUCCAGAGCCAUCAAACCAGCUAGCCAUGAAAAACUUAGUACAGAUGAGGAGAUGGGUAAAAGCACGAAUGCUACUACUGAGUCAGAACUGGAGACGAGAAAGAAACCCAGUUCCAGAGAAUUCUCAAGCUCCAGAGGAGUUCUCAGAGCAUCUCUCUUUGAAAAUGAUAAAAAUACUGGAAAUGAAGAUGACCCCCCCAAAUCCAUAAAGACAUCUUCAGAUGCUGCCAGCGUAGGAUUGAGAUCCAGAAGGUCAUUCAGCCCUAGAGAAGCUUUGAGAUCAAAAGCCAUCAUUAAACCUGUAAUAAUUGAAAAGGACAUGAAAGAAGUAAUGGGAGGGGCUGGGUCUGAAGAAUACUCUCAAAACCAGAAAUCUCUCUUUAAAACUGUGACAAAUAAAAUGACAAGCAGCAUAACAAUCUUCCCUUCUGAGCCAGCCAACACAAGGACCAACACAAAUGAAGCCGCAAAGGAAAGACAUACUUCUACCAGCAAUACUAGAGUCACUCCAAAUGAGCUGUCAGCCAUAACAAACAACAUCAGCACACCCUUUGAGAUCUCAAUUAAUAAGAGUGAUAUUGCUCUGAAAUUAUCUGAGGCAGAUAAAAUUGGGGAUUUAGCACUGAGAAACAGGACAGAAACACUAAUUUCAAGAAGCAGUAUUAUGAUAAAACCUUCUGAACCCAUUGAGAAGAACAAUUGUGAGCCAUCCUUAGAGACAAUCAGCUGGAAAAGCCAUGGGCCUUUAGAAGCAGAGUCACCAGAAACAAAACACAUCACUCUGAGAAGUUCUUGGAGGACAAGGCGAGGAUUACAAUCUUUGGAAGACUCUCAAAUCAAAGUGGAAAAAAAUACAGCUUCUACUAGUACAAAGGCAUGCAAGUCAUCUACAGACCUCUCUGAAAUGGAAGGGGCCAAUGCAAGAAUACAUUUACUUGAGCAGAAUUCAAGAAGGUCCAGGGCCACUAAUAAUUCUUGGAAUACCCCUGAAUUAGAAUUCAGAAGGACCCAAAGUAGCUUAAGUGCAUCUGAGCUAUCUACUCGAAGGAGCUACGUCCAUGAUCCCAUCACUGCUUCUACUUGGAAUCGCAUGACAUUACCAGAGGAAAGCAAAGAUUUUGUUCCCACUUCCAGAAGAAAACAGUAUGGCUCUUCUGAGCAGCUGUCCCAGGCGGAGACUUCAAAGAAAAGGCCAACCUCCCAGGUGGAGCUGCAGCAGCGCCCUGGAACCAGCCCCCAUGCACAGCUGGGCUGCAAAACAGAGGACCCGGGCAUUUCCCGCUCCUCCCGGAUGACCUCUAGGAGAUGAACUUCUUUCCUUUCACCAAACGAACACUCCAUUUCGUGGGGCAAGAGCUAAGGAUGUUACCAGCUGCAUGGGUGUCAUUCCUGCCUUGUAAAUGCGACAAAGCCUUCAACUAGCCUGGAAUCUGUUUUCUAAUGUGAUUUGUGUGUGAGACAGAAGAUUAACCAGCACAUUUUCCUUCUCUGCCAGGAAGGUGGCUGCAGAGACUUCUCUCAGGGGAACCCCACUUCUCAUCUCUGGGCUGAGACUGGAUUUGUCUCCACAGGAAUAUAGGUCUGUAUGGAAACUCUUCUGGGUCCAUGGCCACUGCUUCUAUAUAGCCUGCUAUGAUACUUGCAGUACAAAAGAGAACCCUACAUUAACCACUGUAAUUUAUAAAGAACACUAGAGCUACCCCAAUGGCCACAAUGCAACUGGUUCUCACAGAUGCUGAGCACAUCUGGAUUUUCAAAAGGAACCAAGUCCUUCCACAUCUGAAAGUUUUCAGUGUCAUGAUGAAAGUUUGCAUUACUCUUAAUCUGCCUCUGCUAUUGUUCAGUCAAAACACCUUGCACCAGGAAAGCACAUGAGUUCCCAGAUCUCUUCAACCACAUGUAGGAGUAAUGCAUUCACCGCAGGUCACAUCUAUGUGCAGAGAACAUUGCUUAGAGAGCUUCUUCACCAGGACUCCUGCCACAGGCCUGGCAUGCCUUGCCACCCCAUUCCUCCUUGGCCAGAGAUUUGAUAAUACAAGGCUGUUUACUGAACCAAGCAUAACAGCAGUGAAUGCUUCCCCUAGCUUGGACCUGGCUGCCUUUCAGCCAGAGCGCUGUGCUGCCACUGCCCCCCUCUCCCACCUUAGCUGCCAUGCACAAAGGUUCAUGAAUGGAGCUUUGCACCUUGCACUCGAAGGCAGAAUCCUCCUCUCCAAGACGGGCUUCUCUUCCUUCCCAAAAGGCAUAAAUGAGCAUUGAGCUAAGCUGGGAUUGAUAUGCUCAGGCCAUUGGCUAGCCUUGCCAGGAGCCAUCCUGUGCAUCUCCCUUCUGGCCAGAGGCUGUUCUACUUUCUCCCUACUACCCCUCUGGACAGAGACUUUUCCUUGCCCCUCCCUGUUACCACUCUGGACAGGGGCUAUCCCAUGAACCUCCCAUCAUGCUUCAGGACAGGGUGGUUGCCUGAACCUUCCUGUCUCCCCUCUGGCCAUGCUGGGAGCCAUCCCAUCCUGGCUAGGAUCGAGGCACAAUCAAAGACUAUAGGCGUGUGUUUCCAAGGUUAAUAUCCUCCGCAGAGAGAGACGGGGAGGGGGAGGGGACAGAAGCAGACUCCAUUGCACUGGCUGUUAGUGCUGCAAGGCACCCAGCCCAGUCCGUGCCGUGAUCUCGUAGUCUAUUUGCUCUCAGGGAAGGCAGUUUGCAUGUGAACCACAGAUGGGUACAGAGCUCUCAUGUUCCCAUAGGCAACCCCAUCCCUGUCCCAUCUUCCCAUCCCCAACUCACAUAUAGAAACAGCUGCUCUUUUCCCCAGACCUCUCUUUUAGCCAUCAGGAAUGGCCACCCCUCCCCAUAGGAGAUCGCCAGUGGGCCCAGCCAAUCCAGGGGCUGGGGUUAGGGAGGAGGCUGGAGCAAUAAUAGGAGAAAAGAAGAGGAGUCUACUGAGCCCUUAUCUUCUGCACCCACUUAGCCCCCAUGCACUGUCACUGGGGCACUCUGCACUCUGGGCCAGGGAGGACGGAGUCCCUGUUGGGUCCUAAGAAACAACAUUGCCUUCCCCUCAUGCUUGCCACUGGGUCUCCCCAGCACCUGGAAUCCAUGGAGGAGCUCAGCCUGGGAGGCUGCUGGAUAAGGCCCAGCUCACUCAGAGCCCUGUGCUUGGCCUGUCCAGUACAAUGCGAGGGGAGGAUUCAUUACCUGACAUUCAUGCCCUCAGCCCCACUCCAGGAGAGCUGAGCUCAUUUUGUGGCUGCUUCCUGCCCAUGCUGCAACCUUGUAUGGUAAGGACAGCAGAGCCAGGCAUGCCCCAAUGACAGGAGUGUCCUGAGCCUACAUUGUUGUGGGCAAGAGAGGGGGUGAUCUGCUCCCAGAACAAACCACUUAUUAGGUGACAUCUCAGGGCUGGGGAGCAGCCUGUUGCAGAUACACACACCAAUUCCCCUUGGGGCCCACUGCUCCAUCCUUCUACUUUACACCAUCUGCUGGGCAAAGAGAGUUCUGCAGACUCCUCAGCCUAAGCUUUGAGGCAGCUGCAGUAGGCUCUUUGCUCUCUGCUGUUAGGACACCCUUGCGUGUAACGGUUUCCUCCCCACCCUCUCACAGUCACCAUGAACCUCCACUGAAAGGGAACGAGGCUGGAACUCGGUGUUUGCUGACAGUGUUAAUGCUCCACUCAAUUGCCAUGUUUGUCCCUUCCACAGGUGCUGGGGGAGGGUUUAGCCUUCACUUGCCUUUUAAGCUGGGAACAUCCUGUCCCACCACAACUGGAAGCAGCAGUGCUCUGAACACUCUGUACCAUCACUGGACCCAAAUUCCCAAUGUACCCCACAGGAGGCAGCACUUUAUGAGCAGUAAGGAAGAAGUGCUCCCCAGGCCAGUUGCUGGACUGGCAGCAAAGGGUCCUGGCUGGUUUCAUUCUCUUGGGAAGUGUGAUUGCACUUGUGUGUUAACUCCGCUCUAAGCAUAGUUAAAGUCACAGUACAAGGUUUUCUUUGUAUGCUGAUAAUAGACCAAUCCUUCCUCUUUACGUCUACCCCUCUUACUUUCCCAAGGUUCAUGGCUAAAAUUUUCAACAGUGCUGAAGUCACUUCAAAGCCUAAAUCCCACUGCUGUCACUGGACCUCAUGUCAGCAGUGAGUUGGGCCAUGUCAUCUGUGGUAAAUGGCUCCCUGGGCACCAGCAGCAUGUGAGCCCCUCCUACAAAGGCUUGUUCUGCUGCCGUUUAUGCCUCUAUCCUGGUCCAUGCACUAGCUUGCUGCUGGCUGAGCCUGCCCCUCUGUGCAGGGUUAGGGUAGCUCUCUGAGCCUUGCCACUCAUGCAGGGAACUAGCUGAACCAUUCCCAUGGCCAUCAAGGGGUGUUAGCCUGCUGUAGCUGAGCCCAGCCUUGGUGAAGGUGUCUGUGCUGUGGCUGUUCCCCUGCUGGACAGCCCUUCUCAGUGCCCUCGAGGGUCACAUACCCAGCAUAGACUCUGUGGUUCCUUCCAAGCCUUUCCUCAUUCAGGCACUGCCUCAGUUGAAUACAGUGCUGCAAUAGACAUUCAUUUCACUCCUUACUGGGGUAGCUUUGAGGUCAUCAGAUGCUAGUCUUGUACUCACAAGUCCCUGCCUUGUCCUCUAGCCCUCACAGCCUCCCUCCCUAUGAUGCUGUGCAGCAAAAAGUCAUUUUGACCUUGAUCCAAUGAAACUCCUAAGUAUGUGCAUAACUUUCAGCCCAAGUACAGUCACACUAACUUUAGAAUGAAAGCUGCACACAUGCAUAGAUAAUUUGCUGGAUCAGGGCCUUGGGCAAACCCAGCCAGCAUAGUCUGCAGUGAUCUCUGGCCUCGCCAUUCCUCAAGCCACAUCUUAAUGCCCUCAUGUCUCCUGCUCCUUUCAGUCUGCACAGAACCUGGGCAGGAGGCCUCAUGUUCUAAUUAGGCAGAGUUCACACAGCUCCUCUGCAUGCUCCCAUUGAAGCCAGAGGGGGUAUUGCCACACAUGUCACUGAGAGCAGGAAUGGGGCCAUGCUAACUUAUAUGCAGUCAUCCAAGCACUGGGCAGUGCCCUUCCUUAGUCUGCCUGCAAACAGAAACUCCCCAUUUGGACAGCCAUAAAACUCAAGCCCCACAAUCAGCACAGGGGGGCAGCCCACCACUGAAAUCUAGGUCAAAUGCGCCCACUGUCCUUUCCCUCUGACAGCCUUGUCACCAGAGCCAAGGGCGAAUGCAGUGAGCCUCAUUGUUAACUCUGAAUGGUGCCAGCUCCCAUCAGAGCCUGUCCACACACCUGGCAUUAGCAGCCUUUCAGCAGUGGACUAGGAGCAUUGGAGUGUCCAGUACCACUUCUGCUCUCCACAGGAGGGUCCUGUGGAAGCCAGACACAGUGGAUUGAGAGCUGUCUCCUUAACUCCAGGGUUCUGGGGCCCAGAGAGAUGAGCAGAUAAGAACUUGUCUUCAUUUAUCCUGGCCAGUAGUUUGGACUGUUCAUUCACUACUUUAAGUCAUAUUAUUUGGAUCCCUGUUCUCGAACAGAAACAAUCUCACUACCUUUCACUGGUUGUAAAUAAUGAAUGUAAAUGUCAGUAACUAGGUUGUGGGUUGUCUUCUUAAUAAAUCUGAGAUUAUCUCUGAGCGAGAAAUCCUCAUUGAAACCUAACGGGGACAUAUCCCCUAAACCUGAGUGCAAUAGGAGCUGAUUGUAUUAUUAAACUAAUAUUAAUGAUUUCAGGAAACAUGACAUUUUACUCAAAUUGCACACUUUUGAGAACAGCUGUAAAAUAGAGUAAAUAUUUGUAAAUAUUGUCAGCACUGGGGAAAUGUUUGUAAUUGUAGCAUAUGAAUAUGGUGGGGUUUCCAUGGACUUGAUAAUGCUGAAAAUGUGAAUCAGACAUUCAGAGAAUUCCAAAGUUGUAACUGUAUUUGCUGCCUGUGGGAGUAUGUACUGGUUGUUCUCGUCUCCCACGAAACACUUGAAGAAAAGCCAACCCUUUAUAUGCAGACCACACCUCCCAGGUAGAGAGGAGGUUUUGGAAAAACUGGUAUUUACCAAGGGGGUUUUCACACUGCUAUGGAUAGCCUCAAACCAGGCCUGCUUCAGGCACCUCUCGGCAGGACCGGCGCUAGGGGUUUGAGCGCCCUAGGCGGACUGCGAUUUCGCCGCCUCGCACGCUG